AUGGGUCGUAAAGGAAAUACCUUUGGAGGCAGAAACUACUUGUGCACCAGAAUAACCCUUUAUAUUCAUUUCACAGGCUCAACCGCAGCAACAUCUCCAGGCACUGGUACCACAGUUUCUACUUCACCGAAUACAGGUAGCACAGCUUCUACAUCAGCGGGUACAGGCUCAACCGCAGCAACAACUCCAGGCACCGGUACCACAGUUUCUACUUCAGCGAAUACAGGCUCAAGCGCAGCAACAACUCCAGGCAAUGGUACCACAGCUUCUACUUCACCCAAUACCGGUAGCACAGCUUCUACAUCAGCGGGUACAGGUUUAACCUCAGCAGCAACUCCAGGCACCGGUACCACAGUUUCUACAUCACCCAAUACCGGAAACACAACAACACCAACAACAACAACAACAACAACUGUGAAAACCACAACAACAACAAAAGCCAACAAGCCACCUGUACCAGCCAAUGAACCAGAAUCUCCCCAAUCCUCAGGUCUUCCAGUCUACGCCAUUAUACUCAUUUCUUUCUUCUCAGCAGUCGGUGGCAUCCUGAUAGUGACAGCAAUAUUCUGCAUGUGUAGCUACCUGUUUAUAUAAGAACUUGAUCCCUCGAGAACAGACCUUCUGGACCAGCCUGAAGUUAUUCUUCGGAUCUUUACUUGAAGAGAUAAGCAGAAAAUACCACGAUGAUCUGUUCUUUUCUUCCAAUGUUUUGUCACUUCGCCAUAAUUUACCUAAAUAGCCGUCCAGUCAGUAGUUGUUCUGCUUGGGGGCACAGAGGUAAAUAUGAAAGGACUCAGACUGACACUUGCCAAUAAGCUGAAUUAGUCAUUGGGGACCUGUUUGGGCAAGUCCUAUAGCAUUAUUGCUAUCACUUUCUACAGCCAAAACGUGCCAAACCUGCACUACAGUAUACUAUGAAUUUACAGGUCAACUAUGGAUAACUUACAGCACCAUUACUUUUUCUCAACAUUACAAGCCAGAAGCUAACCUUACUACGAUAGUCUUAACUCACUGACUGUUAGAGCCCCACCCAUAUUACAAGCAAAAAAUAUGCACUUUACAACAACCUGUGUCCCAUACCCCUGAUGAAGCUGCCUGUGUGGUGAAACACGUCGUAGGGAUGCAAGGGUUGUUUGUUUAUACAAAGGCAUUGGGAAAUACAUAGGCAUUGGGAAAUACAUAGGCAUUGGGAAAUCUGGAUCCCCGGUUUUGUUGUGAAUCCAUUAAUAUACAAUGCCAAUGUUGCUGCAGUACAGUGUAUACAGAUCAUGUGCACUAUUAAUAAUAGGAGUAUUAUAUGUUAUUAUUAUUAUUAUUGUUAUUGUUAAAUAUUAGUAUAAAGUGUUGCACUCUGCAUCUAAUUUUAAUUCAAUCCUUGGACCCAUUUACAUUAUUAUUAUUUAAAGGGGUUUUCUGGCGACCCCCCUCAGGGACCCCCCUCCAUCUCCAGACCAGAGCUCAGAGAGAGUAUGUACUGUAGAAGGCUCACGCUCUAUUAAUUUUUUGGGAGCACUGAAGAUGCCCAAUCGAAGCAUUUGGGCAUCUUCAGGGGGGGGGGGGGGUCCCAGCAGUCAAACAUUUAUGAAUAGGGGAUAAGUUGUCUUUCACCGGACAACCCCUUUAAUGGAGACUGAAUGAAAUGUAGAUUUAAAGGGGUACUCCACAGGCCAGCAUGGAACUAAUGUUCCGAACGCUGUUUUUGCGCUGCGGGGGUCCCCCUUGUGACGUCACGGGAGGGGGCGUGGCAGCUGGGAGGGGGUGUGGCAGCCCCCUCCACUAGAGUUGCAUUAAGGGGGCGUGGUCGACCCUUGCAGCACAAAAAGAGCGUUCAGAACAUUUAUAUCGACUCUGGCCACUCUGCCCUAGUAGUGCUUGUUUGUUAUGGUUUGCUGUAUGACUUUUGAUGUCCUAUCCAGGAACAAAUGUGAGGUAGAACUUUACCACCAAUUGCUGCUAUAUCACCUGUAUUUACCCCUGGUGCUGUUCCUGCCACCAUACCACACCAUGAUAACUGAGCCUAAUAGCAUUUUCUACCCUCUGAAGUGAUUUACCCCUCUCCUAGAAUCUAUUUAUGACUGUCUGAUGAUUCUUUGCUUUUAGUCUUUGUAAUAUAUAAAUUAUUGCUGAAUAUCUAUUUAUUUAAAGUGGUUUUCUGGGCUAAUGAAAAAAAUAGGCUGGAGGAUGGGACAGUCGGAGUAAUAAAAAAAAGCUAAACUUACCCCUCUGCUCCUUCCUAGUCCAACAUGGAAGCUCCCAGAUGGCAUCACCAUACAUUCUGCACAGUACACUGAAGUCAGUCGCUGGUAUCAGUGGUCAUGUGCAAGUGUAGAAUGUAUGGUGACCCUGAGAGGACACAUCCACUGGGGACUUUAGUGAGGCAACUGGACCAGGAACAGGCGGAGGGUGAGUAUCAUUUUUUUUUGUUUGUUUUUUUAUCCGUCUACCAUUCCCUGCCUCUGUUUAAUUUAUGUAAUUAGCUCAGAAAACCUGUUUUAAAGGGGUACAAAAUGUUCUGAAUGCUUAUAGCAGGCGCUUCGUGAUGUCAUGGCCCCACCCACUUGUGAUGUCAUGCCCCGUCCCCUCAAUGCAAG